CCUGCUGAUUUUCUUCAUUUUAGCAACCAGAGACUGUAAACCUGACUUACUAGCUUAUGGACUGUAGGUACUACUAUUGUGUGAUUCAGCUGUUUGAGGCACUUUAUGUGGCUUGUUAUAACAUUGAUAUCUUUCCAGUAAGAUUUUUGUGUUCUGUGCACUUUCACUUCUUUUUAACCUCAGUCCUAUGCAUAGCACAGCUCAAAUCUGUUUAUCCAGCAUCCUCUAUUACCAUGCAUUUUCUGCAGAUCAGUAGUAGGGAGGGAGCUGCUGUUUUCUUCAAGGCAUGUGGUUUCCUACUUGCUCUUAGUUGAUAGCAUUUUUUUUUCAAGUGGACACCAGCACUUUGAACCAGUGUAAGAAGUUAGAAUAUCUGAGUGAAAAUGGAUCGUCUAGAACCAUGAAUACUGCAUCUUCUGUCAGUCACUGGACUCAUAGGUUAUUAAUAAAACGACGCAAGGGAAUUCUAUAAAAACAUUAAUAAAUCUUAUUUUAACUACUGAUGUGAUGUAACACAGCCUUGAAAAUAAGUAGUGCUUUUACGCAUGUGUGCACACGUCUAAGUAUGCAAGUCCUCUGGAAUUUGAAGUUUCUGAAGCUUUCUCCCCAGCUGCUAAUUUUUUCCUAAUGUUCAUUUUAGUUUAAAUGCUUGUAAAAUGAAGUAUAUCAGAGGACACCAAAUAAGAGAAAAGAAAUAAGGCUUAAUAAAACAGGAACAACCAGUGACAAAACUGCAGAAGAAAGCUUGUUUUUUUUAAUAGCAUAGCUCUUGUUUUACUAGAACUUCUGUUAAUAAGUAUGUUGUUCCUAACUAUAAAUAAAAAUGCUUUUUGAGUCCCAUAUACAGUAGAUCAAGGCUAGCUAUUGCUGCGGUUGUCUUAAUCUUUCAUCCAGAUCAGGUUAUGAAGUAAAUAUAUCUGUGCUUUGGUAGUUUUUGUGGUGGUGGGUGCCUUUCAGCCCCUCUCUGAAGCAGAAAACUCCAGGGGUGGGCCCUAGCUAGUGCUGAUGGGCAAACCCAGCUCUCUGCCCCAAACAGGCACAGUGUCUGCACCUACUCCCCCAUCUUACCCAAUGGUGAUCAUGUCCCAGUAUUUGCACGGGUGAUGUGUUUUUGUUUUGUUUUGUUUUGUUUUGUUUUGUUUUGUUUUCCCCAGGUGGGUAACAUCUCUCUGACUGCUGUCAUGUAGCAAUUUCCUUGAUGCCUGACAGGAGACAGCCCUUCAGGCUGUGUAACCCGCUCGCUUCUUGGAAUAAAUAUUUAUUUGUUUGUUUGUUUAUUUAUUUAUUUAUUAACAGUUAAACUGUUCUUUUUCCCAGCGAGUGGGCAACAACCCUCGUCCCGGUGGCCGGCGAGGUUGGCUCAACCCGCGCAACCCCCUCAGCGCCCCCGAGGGGCCGGACAAAAUGGCGGUCGCCGCCUUUCCCUCAGCGCCGCCCCGGGGCGGAGCUCGCCCCUCUGCGCGCCAAGCCGCGACAGCGGCUCCCGCCGGGCUAUGGCCGACUCCGCCGUGCCCGGCUACUCGCCGGGCUUCAAGAAGCCGCCGGCUACGCUGCGGCUGAAGCGCAAACGGCCGCGGAGGAGCGAGCCCCCCGCCGACCCCCAGCCCUGCGGCGCGGCUCCGCGGGUCCCCUCGGCGCCCGCCCGCCGCAACCCCUUCUCCAGCCUCGACAACGCGCCGCGGGGCCGGCAGCCGCAGAGGGAGCCGUGGCCGGCGGGAGGGCCGCCCUCGGCAGCGCCCUUCUGGCAGUUCUUGGAGUCUGUUCACGAAGAUAAGCCCACCAGGAACGCGGAGCGCUCUGAAGGAACCAACAGCCUCACGUUAGCCAAUGACCUUCAUUUACCUUCUCUUACACCCGAUGUUCCCACCUCACCAAGGCAUGAAUUUCCUGCAGACUGGAGUAUUAAAACACGACUUCUCUUUAUGUCUUCUCAACUUACCUGGGCAGAGCAUUUAAAAGCGCAAGAGGAAGCUCAAGGAUUUGCUCAACAUUGUAGAGCAGCAGAAACAAACUUGCCACAGAGCGUACAGGAACCAAAACUGUCAACAGAACUGCGUUGUGCCUUUCAGCAAAGUCUCGUUUACUGGCUUCACCCAUCGCUGCCCUGGCUGCAGCUGUUCCCUCGUAUUGGAGCAGACAGGAAAAUAGCUGGAAAGGCCUGUCCGUGGUCACAGGAUGAUGCCUUGCAGCAAGCGCUAAUGAGCGAAUGGUCUGUCAGCUUUACCUCUCUGUACAACCUGCUCAAAGCCAAGCUAUGUCCCUACUUCUAUGUAUGCACCUACCAGUUCACCGUCCUGUUCCGUGCAGCUGGUCUUGCAGGAAGUGAUGUUAUCACAGCCAUGAUUUCUCCCACAACCAGAGGUUUAAGGGAAGCCAUGAGAAAUGAAGGCAUAGAGUUUUCCUUACCUUUGGUAGAAGAAAGUAACCAGAAACAGAAAAACUCUGAAGUGAAUUUGGAAGCAGAAGCUGCUAAAAGCCCUGAAGUGAGCAAAAGCCCUGAGGACGGAGAGGAACCUGCUACAAGUGAUGAUGAUGAUGAUGAAAGUUUCUCUUGGCUUGAGGAGAUGGGAGUCCAAGAUAAGGUUAAAAAACCAGAUGCUAUCUCUAUUAAACUUCAGAAGGAGAAGCAUGAAGUGCAGAUGGAUCACAAACCUGAAUCCCUCGCAUUGGUGAAAGGAACAAACACGUUCACUUUACUGAACUUCCUGAUAAACUGCAAGAGUCUAGUGGCUAUUGCAGGUCCACAGGCAGGGCUUCCACCAACUUUGUUGUCCCCCAUUGCUUUCCGAGGUGGAACAAUGCAAACACUCAAAGCUCGAAGCAUAAAUGCAAAAGCCAGGGUUCACCUGGCAUAUGAAGAUGUCUUCAGUUUGGAGAUUAUCGGCCCUGUCAUGCCCCACUCCCUCCAUUCAUUGACCAUGCUGCUGAAAGCCGCGCAGAGGGGAGCAUUCUCUGCAGUACUCUACAGCCAUGAGCCAACAGCUGUGUUUAACACUAGUCUUGAUAAUGCAAGCACUGCCUUAAAUAAGGAAACCGUAUGCAAAGACCUUCCUAAGUGUGGACUGCAUUCUAAAACUUUGGAUCAGCUGAGUCAACUGCCAACGCUGGGAAAAUCUUCCAUCCGAUUUCUAGAACUGAAGGAUUACGCAUACAGCUGGAAGUCCUAGGUAUACGUUACUGCAGGUUCAUGGAUCAGAAAGCUCUCUAGGGUGCAGCUGCUGUAUUUCGUUCAGGUCUACACAGGCAGCACCUAUGCGGUACUAGAGGGACAUAACCUAGGUGAACAUCACAGACAAUAUUGCACAUCACCCAUCAUAAAACGCUUGGAAGGACUUUCAAAGGAAAUUAAGGAAAAGGCUUUGGACAUCUCCUUCUGUAUUUUAGAAAGCUUUUUUUAAAAUAAAAUUUUAUAAAACAGU